AUGAAUAAUGCCGUUUUCGGUGGUGUUUGGGCGAACAAGAAAAAACCGAAACGUGAACAUAUGGGUGAAAUGAUCCGACUAAUUCAACAACAACUGAAAAAAUUAGAACUCGGGAUGGUAUUUACCGUCAAACAAUUGGGCGAUCAAUUGACAUUUAUUCCAGUCUAUUUGUUAGCAGCAGCUUGUGAUAAACCAGCCAUCUCUUUGGUACAGAAUACACCCGAACCGAAUGCCGGAUACGGAUGCUCGAGAUGUGAAAUGGAAGGAGUAACCGUGUAUACUGGCAAGACGUUUAUUCGCGUAUUUCCGUUGUUUCCCGGUCAAUCAUUACUUGACACCAGACGGUCGAAUGAAAGCUAUGAUAAAGCUAUGGAUCUGUGGGACACACAAACAUCGGUAUUAUCAAAAGUCAAAUUGAAAAAAUUUAUUAGUCAAACACGUGGUUAUUUGGGACAGUGCCAUCUUCGAAAUCUAAAAUAUUUUGAUGUUGGUAGAUUCACAGUGUUAUUCAGCCAAUCAUGA